AUGAUUUAAAGAGUAGUAAAAAGAGGUUUUUCAUUAUGGAGUGGAGUUCCUUUGAAUCCCCCAGAUCCAGUUCUAGGUGUUGCCGAAGCAUUCAAAAAAGAUUCUGCUUAAAACAAAGUUAACUUAUCUGUAGGAGCUUACAGAGAUGAUAAUGGCAAGCCAGUAAUAUUAAAAUGUGUCUAAAAGGCAAGUUAAAUAAUAAUGGAAAAAAAUCUUGACAAUGAAUAUCUUCCAAUCGAAGGAAAUGUAAAUUUCAUUAAUUUAGCUCUUAAAUUAGGAUAUGGAAAUGCUUUUUAUAACUCAAACAAAGAUCGUAUAGUAGGAGCUUAAGCUUUAUCAGGAACAGGCGCUUUAAGAGUUGGAUUAGAUUUUUGUAAAAAAUUCCUUCCAGCUGAUACCACAGUAUAUAUUCCUAAUCCAACAUGGCCUAAUCAUAGAAACAUCGCUUAAGAUGCUGGAUUUUAAGUUAAAGAAUAUUUCUAUUAUGAUCCCGCUUUGAAGAACGUGAAUUUCUAAAAAUUACAUGAUGAUAUAUCAAAAAUGAAGGAUGGUUCCGUAUUGGUUAUGCAUGCAUGUGCUCAUAAUCCAACUGGAUGUGAUUUAUCAGUUGAAUAAUGGAAAGAAUUAAAAGACUUAUUCUUAAAGAAGAAUCAUAUUUGCUUUAUGGAUAUGGCUUAUCAAGGAUUUACAAGUGGUGAUUGCUAAGCUGAUUCAGCUUCUGUUAGAAUAUUUGCUGAAGCAGGUGUAAAUAUGUUAUUGGCUUAAUCUUUUGCUAAAUCUAUGGGAUUAUAUGGUCAAAGAAUUGGUUCUAUUUCGAUUCUUACUAAAGACGCUAAUGAAUAAAAGCACGUACUUUCUUAAGUUAAAUAAGUAAUUAGACCUUAAGUUUCUUCUCCUCCUUUACAUGGUGCCAGAAUAGCUGAAAUUAUCCUUUCUAACCCUGAUUUAUUAUAGUUAUGGUACUAAGAAGUGAAGGAAAUGGCUGAUAGAAUAGCUAUAAUGAGAAAAUCUCUUGUAAAAAACUUAAAAGAUGUUGGAUCUACUCAUAAUUGGAGCCAUAUUACUAAUUAAAGAGGAAUGUUUGCCUACACAGUAAUUCAAUUUUUUAUAUAUUUUAUUCAAUUUUUAAUUAAAAAAGGGAGUUAACAAAGAUCAAGUUAAUAGUCUUAUAAAUGACCAUCAUAUUUAUUUGGUUGGAUCUGGAAGAAUUAGUGUAGCUGGAUUAAAUACCAAAAAUGUUGGCUAAGUUGCUGCAGCAUUCCAUUAAGUUACUAAAAAUUCAAAAAUUUGAAGUUUUUGUUUUUCUUUGUGUGUUUUUUAUUUUUUUAAAUUACAAAUAAUAAAUGAAGUUAAGAUUUAUUUAUAACAAUAAU